AUUCCCCCGCACCUUCUAAGAUGCUUCUGUAUGUGCUAUUUAUAGAUGAGGAAAGCGAUGACGAGAUCGAACUCUUGCUGCUAAAGCAACAAACACAAGCCAAGCAGGUGCAGGAUGAUUUGUGAGAUGAAGAGGAAGAUUUGAAAGACACUCAAGUUAACAUAAAGGACACAGCUUCACGAACUUCUGGUGAAUUGCUCACUAAAACCGAAGCCAGUGAUCGAAGCACAAGCAACCCGAAAUUGACUGAUGAAGGACCCGAUCCAGAGACCGAUGCACAGGCGGACAGCGACAAUCUCGGAGAGGUGGAUGAGGUGGAUGAGGAGACUGCUGCACUUAAUGAAACAAGCCUUCUGCGAUUUAAUUAAGGAUCCCUAUCAUCACUACGGCCAUGAUGCGUCGAAGAUGAUCCUCCUUCCAACGCCAGGUUUAUCUUCACUUCUCAGCGAGCUUUAUACUCAUACGAAACAUCUUCUUGGCACUUGGAGCAAGGAUGACCUUAUUAAUCAAAAGCAACUGCUCAAUAGUUGGUUCUUUCCUAUAUCAUCAAUGCCAAUGACAGAGACAACAAGCUCUUCUACCCAGCUUGAUGAUUUUAAAAAGUUGUGCAUUGGAGAUUUCAUGGCCCCAACGAAACGCCAGCUGGAUUUCGUGGAUUUAAUGCUACAUGACUCAGUUUAUCCGCACGAUGGAUAUCGAUGCUUUAGAUAUUUGGUCUCUGCGCUACACUAUCAUGCAAAACUGAUUCAAUAAUUCAUUCCCAUGUGCAUUUCUUUUUUUCAUUCCUAGAAACCGUAUAUGCAUACACCACUCAUACUUUGGUUUAAUAAAGCUCCCGUCUUCUUCUACGUCAUAGUGAUGCGUUGUGACAUUAGCUUGUCUCAUUUGAAUAGCUAAUGACUUUUUUGUUCAUGCAGGUCAUUGAAUCAGUUUCACAUGUGGUCUAAUAUGUUGCCCAUGACAACUUUUGGACGUCA